GUUUAGUUUAUUAAUUGUAAACACAAUCCGAAUUUUACGUUAACAAUUGAUAAAAAUUAUAAUAGGUGAUUAUUCGUUUAUUUGGUCUUGUCGCGUUAUUAAUACCAGUAUCAGUCCCUAUCGUCAAAAGAUUUAUGCUGAAAAUGUCGUUGGUAGAGUACGAUUCAAGCAGCAGUGACGGCAGUGAGGAAUGUGAAGAUAGUUACGAGCAUUCAGAGGUAAUGCCAUCCAAGGGAAAGUUUAUUAUGAAGGAAGACCUAGCAAAAGAGCACGCAAGCACAAAGAAUUGUUCCCUUCUACUUCCUAUGCCUAAGAAAGAAGUUGAAACUCAACAGGUUUCGCCCUGCACUGAUAUAAAACUAGCGCUUAGUAAAUUACCUCCGGUUAAGAUCGCAAAAAUGGAGAAUAAACAAAUAGUUGAAUUAGAUGAUGAAUUUCUCCACAGGAAAGAUAAGUUGUUACAUAAUUCACCAAUGGUAAAACCUACACUUAAUCCUUCAACAAAAUGUCCAAAUCCAGUCAAAAUAAUGAUACCUUCAAUAAAAGAUUUUGAUGACGUUAAUGGAGAAUUAGCUUGCAAGGCUAAAUGUAAACAGCAAUCAUUAGCAAAUCUUAGUAAACGAUCUGGUCUCUUAAGCAUCCUUCCGAAACCCAAGUCGGAACUGGGCUUUACAAAAUCAUUACCACAUAAGGCAAUUACAUCGCCUGAAGUAAGUAGGCCAAUUGCGCCUGCUUUUAUACCCGACACGGUAGCAAGAGCGCGACCAGCUUCCAAUACAGAAAAUAUCGACGGUAGAAAUGUUCGAAGUUUACAAACAUCUAUGAAGGCUAGCAAAAGUUGCAGCGAUAAUGAAGCCAGCGACGAAGAAGCUACGAACGAAAAUUCAAUUACGGAUUUCUUUUCUCUUGAACGCAACGAAAAGCUUCCUAAAGUCUGCACCAAUGAAAUUAAUGCAAUGGUGGCUAAGAGGGCGGCCGAGAUCGUUGAGAGCGCAAAUAAACAUUGCAGGCGUGAAAUUUCAACUGCAAAAGAGCCUAAAGAAGAGCAAGGCGAACUGGAAUUGGAACACGCAUCAGUUAACAAGGAAAAACUCGACGCGAUGGAAGCGAUAAAAGCCUUAGCAGGCAGCAGUAUUAAGCGCAAACGUUAUGAAUUGGAAGAUAUUCAAAUGACCGAUCUAACCAGUGAGCAGGUGUUGCCAAAUCGAGAUGAAUGGAUGCGCACAGCCUUAGCCUCAUCUACAACAUAUCAAUCAACGGGUGUUCUCGUAGAUGAGGAACCGGCAUCCGGCACCCGACGCAAGCAUCAAAUAACAUAUUUAGCGCAUAAGGCCAAAGCAAAUGAGGCAGAAUUACAGGCGAUGUGGGCAGCGAAUCGCCAAACACGUCGAGCCACCCAAAAUAAAUACGGUUUCUAAACUUAAGUUACAUCUGUAUGUAUUUACACUUAAACGUAGGAUAAUUCUCUUAAAAUUCAUUUUAUACGAAAAAUAUA